CAGAAUCAUGGUGUCAUGGAGAGGGAUUUACUUUAUACUCACUUUGUUUUGGGGAAGCUUUUUUGGAAGCAUUUUCAUGCUGGGUCCUUUUUUACCUUUGAUGUUUAUAAAUCCGUCUUGGUAUCGCUGGAUCAACAACCGCCUUGUGGCCACCUGGCUCACGCUACCUGUGGCAUUGCUGGAAACCAUGUUUGGUGUAAAAGUGAUUAUAACAGGUGAUGCGUUUGUUCCUGGAGAAAGAAGUGUCAUUAUCAUGAAUCAUCGGACAAGAAUGGACUGGAUGUUCCUGUGGAAUUGUCUGAUGAGAUAUAGCUACCUCAGAUUAGAGAAAAUUUGCCUCAAAGCCAGUCUCAAAAGUGUUCCUGGAUUUGGUUGGGCCAUGCAGGCUGCUGCCUAUAUCUUCAUUCAGAGGAAAUGGAAGGAUGACAAGAGCCAUUUUGAAGACAUGAUUGAUUAUUUUUGUAACAUCCAUGAACCACUUCAACUGCUCAUAUUCCCAGAAGGGACUGAUCUCACAGAAAAUAGCACGGCUCGAAGUAAUGAAUUUGCUGAAAAGAAUGGACUUCAGAAAUAUGAGUAUGUCUUACAUCCAAGAACUACAGGCUUUACUUUUGUCGUAGACCGUCUAAGAGAAGGUAAGAACCUGGAUGCUGUCCACGACAUCACGGUGGCAUACCCUCACAACAUUCCUCAAACAGAGAGGCACCUCCUCCUCGGGGACUUUCCCAAGGAGAUCCACUUCCACGUCCACCGAUACCCAGUGGCCUCCCUCCCCGCGUCCAAGGAGGACCUCCAGCUCUGGUGCCACAAGCGGUGGGAGGAGAAGGAAGCGAGGCUGCGCUCCUUCUAUCGAGGGGAGAAGAAUUUUGCCUUUACGGGACAGACUGUGAUUCCACCUUGCAAGUCUGAGCUCAGGGUCCUUGUGGUCAAGUGGCUGUCUAUACUGUACUGGACCCUGUUCAGCCCUGCAAUGUGCCUGCUCAUCUAUUUCUACAGUCUCGCUCGGUGGUAUUUUAUAAUCAUCAUUGUCAUCCUCGUGCUGCAGGAGAGACUAUUUGGUGGACUGGAGCUCAUCGAACUUGCAUGUUACCGGUUUUUACACAAACAGCCACAUUUAAAUGCGAAGAAAAAUGAGUAAGAUUCUAAGAUUCAUGGUG